UGGUGAGGCUCUAUCACAUUAAGUCCAUGUGCGGAGUGAGCGAUAAGGCCUUCGGAAUGAUAUUGGAGUUGCUCGCGGAUGCGUUUGAGCAUGCCCGGAUUCCAUCCACUGUGCACGAUGCCAAAAAAGUCAUAAGAAGACUCGGUCUCGAGUACAAGAAGAUAGAUGCAUGUCCAAAUGACUGCAUGCUAUACCAGGGCAAUGACCAAGAGCUGACCAAAUGCAAGCAGUGUGGGACAUCGAGAUGGAAGCAUAAGACUAAGAAGAACUCUAGGGUGAGGAUCAAGAUGGUUGUCAAGAAGAAUGGCAAACCACAAGCGGCGAAGAUUUUUCGUUACUUUCCCCUUAUUCCACGACUGCAGAGGUUAUAUAUGUCUAGUAAGACAGCCGUUGACAUGCUGUGGCAUAAGAGAGGUCCUAACUCUGAUGGUAUGUAUAAGCAUCCAAGGGACGCCGAGGCAUGGAAGUCAUUUGACGUACGAUAUCCCGACUUCUCUCGUGAUCCGCAUAGUGUUCGCCUAGCAUUAGCCAGCGAUGGCUUUAACCCUUUUGGGAACAUGAGCUCGAAGUACUCAAUUUGGCCAGUGGUUCUUAUCCCGUAUAACAUGCCGUCUUGGAUUUGCAUGAAACCCACUUCGUUCAUACUCUCUAUGAUUAUUGCUGGUCCUAAAAUGCCUGGAAAUGACAUAGACGUGUACCUAGAGCCGUUAAUCAAUGAGUUAAAGCAAUUAUGGAGGGGUGUUGAAACUUAUGAUGCAGUCGAGAAAAACACCUUCAAGAUGCAAGCUGCGUUGAUGUGGACAAUCAGUGAUUUUCCAGGCUUGGGGAACUUAUCUGGGUGGAACACGUACGGUGGGAGAGCUUGUCCUGCGUGCAAUUUAGAUGCUGAAAGUAAACGCCUUACACACAGCCAGAAAUGGUAUUUCAUGGGUCAUCGUCGCUUUCUGAAUCAUGACCACAAAUACAGAAAAGACCGGUACUCCUUUGAUGGAAAGUUAGAGGAUAGAGGUCCGCCUAUUAGAGUCUCCGGUAGAGACAUUCUCGGGCAGUUAGAGGGUGUGCAUGUCCAAUUUGGCAAGGUGCAAUCGGUUACGGGGAAAAGGACACGCGGACAGCAAACUCCCAUGCAAAUAGAGACUCCUUGGAAGAAGAGGAGUAUAUUCUUUGAGCUGCCAUAUUGGGAGAACAAUGAAUUGCGUCACAACCUUGAUGUCAUGCACAUAGAGAAGAAUGUCUGUGACAACAUAGUAUUCACCAUAAUGAACGAGAAAGGUAAGUCUAAAGACCACAUUAAAGCUCGAAGAGACCUCCAGUCGAUGGGAAUCAAGCAUGAUUUGUGGCCACGGGAAGAUGGAAAGUACCCAUCUGCCAUCUUUACUAUGACCAAUCCACAGAAGGAGCUCUUUCUGCGGACUAUCAAGAACGUAGUCUUUCCAGAUGGAUACGCUAGCAACAUUUCCCGCUGCGUGGAUUUACGACAGCGCAAGUUGUCGGGGCUGAAAAGCCACGACUGUCACAUUCUAAUGGAAUAUCUACUUCCAAUCGCGUUAAGGAAUGCAUUGCCUCUCCAAGUGUCUUCUGUCCUGGCGGAUUUGUCAUCCUUUUUUCGUCGAUUAUGCAGCAAAUCCAUAGACCCUUAACAACUUCCUCUCCUUUAGAGUCACGUGGUUCAUACUCUGUGUCGCAUGGAGACGAUUUUCCCUCCUUCUUUCUUCACAGUGAUGGUUCACUUGACAGUGCAUCUGGUCGAGGAGGUGCGUCUCGGUGGCCCAGUGCAUUAUCGGUGGAUGUACCCAAUUGAACGGUAAUUAUCAAACAAAAUUAUUAAUUUUUGCCAUUAAUUAGUGCUUAUGACACGUGUUAUAUUCCCAAAAGUACCUAUGCCGCCUCAAGCAGUACGUGCGUAACAAAUCACAACCAGAGAGCUCAAUUGCAGAGGGAUACUUAUCCGAGGAAAUUCUCGUAUUCUGUUCAAGGUACUUAGAUAAUGUCGAGAGUAGGAUUAAUCGACCAUCCCGUGUUGAUGAUCGACCGCGUGAAGUCAUGCCUGAUGAGAGUGCAACCAUGUUCCCAGAGGUUGGAAAGGCGGUCGGGGCUGCUUCUUUUUACACCCUCACACCAGCUGAAAAAUUACAAGCUCACCGUCACGUAUUGGUCAAUUGCCUGUCCGUGGAAAAAUAUCUUGAUGAGUUUAGGGCGAUCACAAAGAGAAAGUUACGAAGUAGGACAAGGUCAGAGUCUCACAUAGACAGUGUUGUGCACAGAGAAUUUUCCGAUUGGUUCAAGCGUAAGGUUACAUUGGGAAGCAGCAUGCUUUCAAACAAAUUGCAGUGGCUUGCAUGUGGGCCCAAUGUUCAAGUUAGCCGAUAUACAUCCUACAACGUAAAUGGAUUUAAGUUCAGAACCCUAUCGAGAGAGGAAGGGUUGAAAACUCAAAAUAGUGGGGUGUAUGUCACUUCUGACACUAGGAGUUACGCAAGCAAGCGCGAUAGUAAUGUUGCCGUUGGUAGCAUCUCGUAUUACGGAAAACUAUUGGACAUCAUUGAGUUAAAUUACAGUGGUCAAUUCACAGUCGUCUUGUUUAGAUGUAUCUGGGCAAACACCACAUCUGGCAGAGGUAUAAAAAAGGACUCUUUGGGACACACA